ACGUCAUAUUUCUUAAAAUCAAGAUAAGUUUACUCCUUUAUUUUUUUUCUUCCUUCUUUCUUUCUUUUUUCUUCCUUCCUUCCUUCUUUAUCCUCUUUCUUUGUUUUAUUUAGAGAACAAAAAUGAGUAGCUCUUUUGAUCAAAACAAGUUUAUCGUUGACUUCCUUAUGGGAGGUGUCUCUGCCGCUGUUUCCAAGACUGCAGCAGCUCCUAUCGAACGUAUAAAACUUCUCAUACAAAAUCAAGAUGAAAUGAUCAAACAAGGCCGUCUCUCGACCCCUUAUAGAGGUAUCAGUGAUUGCUUUGCGCGUACCAUUAAAGAUGAGGGCUUUAUUUCUCUUUGGAGAGGAAAUACAGCUAACGUCAUUCGUUAUUUCCCUACACAAGCCCUUAAUUUUGCCUUCAAAGAUAAAUUCAAGCGUAUGUUUAAUCGCAACAAGAGCGAUGGAUAUUGGGCUUGGUUUGCCGGUAAUUUAGCCUCAGGUGGUUUGGCUGGUGCUGCCUCUCUCUUGUUUGUCUACUCAUUAGAUUAUGCUCGUACAAGAUUAGCUAAUGAUGCUAAAUCUGCCAAGAAAGGGGGUGAACGUCAAUUUAAUGGCCUAAUUGAUGUUUAUAAAAAGACAUUGAAAUCAGAUGGUGUUGCUGGUUUAUAUCGUGGCUUUAAUAUCUCAUGUGUAGGUAUUAUUGUUUAUCGUGGUCUUUAUUUUGGUAUGUAUGAUUCGAUUAAGCCUAUUAUGCCAAGUACACUUCAAUCUUCUUUUAUCGCUACUUUCUUGCUUGGUUGGGCUGUUACUACUGGUGCUGGCCUUGCUUCUUAUCCAAUUGAUACAGUUCGUCGUCGUAUGAUGAUGACUUCUGGUGCUGCUAUCAAAUAUGAUUCUUCUCUUCAUGCAUUCCGUGAAAUUGUAGCCAAGGAAGGUGUUAAAUCUCUUUUCAAGGGUGCUGGUGCUAAUAUCCUUCGUGCUAUUGCUGGUGCAGGUGUAUUGUCUGGUUAUGAUCAACUUCAAUUAAUUAUGUUUGGUAAAAAGUUUUCUGGUGGAUCUGGUUAAAGAAAAAAAGAAGGAAAAAAAAAGCACACACACAUAUAUAUAUAUUUUAUAUAAAUAAAUGGAACUUUAUUUCU